UCUUUCUUCAUCCUUCCAGUCGUUAAAUUGUUUCUCUCAUUCAUUACUAUUAAUUAGACUUGCAUUAAAGUGAAAUGUAUACUAAUGCAUUAAAAGCUGGUUGCCGGACAGCAAUGCACGCUUGGAAAUUCAAAAACGAGUUGGGAAAAUUACGUAUAGAUUUGGCAAAAGCAAAUACCGAGUUCACUCAACAUUUAUUGAAAGCUGUCAGUUGCAAUAGUCCCGUUAACUUGACUCGAUUCAUCAAAAAAACACACCGCAUAAAAUUAAGUUUUGUACGACAACGAAUACCGGAGUCCCAGUCAAAAUCAAAGUUUUUGCAAGAGUUUUCGAUUGCAUUUCGUCCCCGUUUGCAUUCGGAUUACCAUUGUUAUCGCAAAUUAACUGCUAUUGAUAUUGCUCUAAUUGUGUCGAAACAGCCAGCCAGCCAGUUGCCUUGCUUUGUGUAUCCAAAAAUAAAUUGUGCUUCAUUAUUAUCAUUUGAAAGUUCUUUAUGUACAGAAAACUGUCAUUUGUGUGAACAUCUGGAUAGUGCAAUUUCAUCAAAGCAAUACGUGAAACAGCAAAAACAAUUCUAUCGCGAUUUUUCAAGUACAUCUUUGGGAGCACCACUUAAAUAUACGGAAGCUCCGCUUUUAGGUGACCUCUGCCAAAAGUACGGUUUUGUUAUUUCCCGCACUUCCGCCGACGUUGGUGUUAAUUACGUUCCAGGUCAUCGACUUGAAAUUCGCCGAAACAUGUCUACAUCGCCUCAAAAGGAAUUUAAGCGCCUUCCAACCGACGUGGUGCCAACGCACUAUGUUUUAGAGUUAAAGCCGAACUUAGAGGCUUUCACUUUCGAGGGCAAUACUAGCGUACACAUAAAGAUAUGUGAGGCGACUAAGAGUAUUACUCUGAAUGCUUUGGACAUCACAAUAAAUAAAAUUGAUUUGGAACUAAAUGGCGAGAUAUUACAACCAAGUAAUAUUACUUAUUCGACUGACAAUGAAACUGCCACAUUGAUUUUCGAUCAGGAGCUUCCGGCUUCAUCUUGCGGUGUGUUGAAAAUGUCGUUCGCUGGAGAACUCAACGAUAAGAUGAAAGGUUUCUAUCGAAGCAAGUAUUUUACGCCAGGUGGUGAAGAACGUUAUGCUGGGGUCACUCAAUUCGAAGCCACUGAUGCCAGACGUUGUUUCCCUUGUUGGGACGAACCAGCUAUUAAAGCCACUUUCGACAUAGCAUUAAUCGUGCCACAAGAUCGGGUGGCACUUUCCAAUAUGCCUGAGAUUCAAGAAGAAAAACUUGAAAAUAAUUUGCGUCGUAUACGUUUCGAUAGGACCCCAAUAAUGUCCACGUACUUGGUGGCUGUUGUUGUUGGUGAAUACGAUUAUGUCGAAGGUAAAUCCGAAGACGGUAUAAUAGUACGUGUGUUCACACCUAUCGGCAAGAAGGAGCAAGGCCUGUUUGCUCUUGAAGUGGCUACCAAAGUUCUGCCUUACUAUAAGAGUUAUUUCAACAUUGCAUAUCCUCUACCAAAAAUGGAUUUGAUUGCGAUAUCCGAUUUUUCGGCUGGUGCUAUGGAGAAUUGGGGUCUUGUGACAUAUCGUGAGACCUUUGUAUUGGUGGAUCCGAAAAAUACUUCUCUUAUGCGCAAGCAAUCCAUUGCCUUAACUGUGGGACACGAGAUAGCUCAUCAGUGGUUUGGCAAUUUGGUUACCAUGGAGUGGUGGACGCAUUUAUGGUUAAAUGAAGGCUAUGCUUCGUUUGUUGAAUUCCUAUGUGUCAAUCACUUGUUUCCUGAGUAUGAUAUUUGGACGCAAUUUGUUACAGACAUGUAUACGCGCGCAUUGGAAUUGGAUUCGUUGAAGAAUUCGCAUCCCAUUGAAGUGCCAGUGGGACAUCCAUGUGAGAUUGAUGAGAUCUUCGAUGAAAUUAGUUAUAACAAAGGCGCUUCUGUCAUUCGAAUGCUUCACGACUAUAUUGGUGAGGAGGAUUUCCGUAAGGGCAUGAACAUUUACCUGACUCGCCAUCAAUAUAAGAACACCUUUACUGAAGAUUUAUGGACCGCUUUGCAAGAGGCGAGUUCAAAACCUGUCGCUAAGGUCAUGUCCACUUGGAUUAAAUUGAAAGGUUUUCCAGUAGUAAGUGUGGAGUCUGUGCAACAAGGUGACAAUCAGAGGGUCCUAAAAUUGACUCAAAAUAAGUUCACUGCUGACGGUUCAGCACCGGAUGGUGAUUACACUUGGGUGAUCCCAGUAACAAUUUCAACAUCGCGUGAUCCGGAAAAGAUUGCGAAAACUUUCUUGUUGGACCAAAAGUCCAUGGAAGUUGUCUUGGACAAUGUGAGUGCAGAUGACUGGGUAAAAAUCAAUCCCGGCACAGUUGGUUUCUAUCGCACCAGAUACUCCAAAGAAAUGCUUGAGAAAUUAUUGCCCGCUGUGCGACAAAUGGAAUUGCCGCCACUUGACCGUUUGGGAUUGAUUGACGAUAUGUUUGCGAUGGUGCAAGCAGGUCAAGCAAGCACAGCUGAGGUGCUGAAGCUUAUCGAUUCCUAUCGUAAUGAAACUAAUUAUACCGUGUGGACCGCUAUUACCAACUCAUUGGCGAACUUGCAUAUACUGAUUUCUCAUACUGACUUAAUGGAAGAUUUUAACCGUUAUGGAGAGAAGUUGUAUCGACCAGUGGCUGAUCGCUUAGGCUGGGACGUGCGGGAAGGCGAAAAUCACUUGGACACUUUAUUGCGAAGUUUGGUUUUGUCGCGUUUGGUAUCAUUCCGUUGCAAGGAUAUCAUUGCCGAAGCACAAAAACGGUUUGCUAAGCACGCCGAUGGAACGAAUCCAAUACCCGCUGACUUACGUUCCACAUGCUACAAAGCGGUGCUGCAGAACGGUGAUGAAAAAAUCUUCAACGAGAUGCUACAACUCUACCGUUCCACAGAUUUGCACGAAGAACAAGAUCGUAUUUCAAGGGCAUUAGGUUGUAUUGGCAACGUAAAUAUCUUACGAAAGGUUAUAGAUUUCGCCAUGUCGGGAGAAGUACGUGCACAGGACUCAGUUUUCGUCAUUGUAGCUGUUGCGGUUAAUCCAAAAGGUCGUGAUAUGGCUUGGGAAUUCUUCAAAGACAAUAAUCAGAAGUUAUUGCAACAGUAUCAGGGUAGUUUCCUGUUGACACGCCUUAUCAAGUAUCUCAUAGAAAAUUUCGCUUCGGAGGAACGAGCUACGGAAGUAGAAAACUAUUUUAAGGAAAAUCAGUUUCCUGGUACAGAGCGUACAGUAUCUCAAGCUGUGGAGACUAUUCGCCUUAACGCCAACUGGUUGAACCGUGAUCUAGAUUCAUUGACUGCUUAUUUGAAAAAUCAGUAAAAGCUCCGCACGUGUAUAUAACUUGUUAACCCUGAACGAAAAACCAGAAAGAUGGAUGGAGAAGAGAGAGUCACAGCUGAAGUAAUAGCAUCAUCAAGCCAAAGGUCAUCACAAUACAGCACUCUAUUCGUUAGGGCAAUUAAUCGAUUAGCAAUUUGAUUGGCAAAGCUGUUUAUCAUACGAAAUUUACAAAUAAUAUAUUAAAUCAAACUGAGAAGUAUGCAGGGACGCUUUCUAUCUAGCUUGGUUCUAGAUCCAACACACAUUUGCAGAUGUUUCUUUUAAAUUUCAAUUGUUUGCAAUGAACAUGGGCAAUAUUAUCAAGCAUUUACUAUAUACGAAGGUAAUUUUUGAAAUAUUCAAUACAUUUACAAAAGCUAUUGAUUGUAAAUGUGAUUAUUUAUGUAAUCUAAUUGAAAACCACCGUUGGUACCCUUUACAUAUAUGUGUAUUAAUUUUUCCACGAUCCUUUGAUAUCUAGUAUAUAUUGAUUUGCCAUUGAACGUAGCGCUUAUAAUUUUAAGUAAUUUGAUUUUGUUAUCCAGUGCACGACUAGAUAAGCUUAGAUCGACAUGUUCAAAUAAAACACAAUUUCAUUAAUAAAAAAUAUUGCAAAGCAAAAAAUUGAAUGAAUUCGCAUUUUAGAAAUAAAUACUGUAAUAUUGAUAACUGUAUUUAUAGCUUGUAUAAUAUAAAUUAAUAAAAUGAUUUAAACGAAA